GCUAACGGUCACACUGUCACGCACAUGUGUUUGUUUUCAUUUGUCUAGCGAGUUUUUUGUUGAUUUAAAAGUGAGUGCGAUUGUAAAAUGAAGGUAAAAAUGAUAAGUCGCAACCCGGACAACUAUGUCCGGGAAACUAAGCUGCAACAGCACAAAAUUCCUCGAAACUACGAUCCGGCGUUGCAUCCACUUGAGGGCGCUAGGGAAUAUGUGCGUGCCUUAAAUGCCACCAAAUUAGAUCGUGUGUUCGCAAAACCAUUCGUGUGCAACUUGAGCGGACAUCGCGAUGGCGUCUCCUGUUUUGGCAAACAUCCCAAACACCUCUCGACACUGGCCACCGGCGCCUACGAUGGCGAAGUGCGCAUCUGGGAUUUGGCGAAUCGCAGCAGCAUCCGCAGCUUUGUAGCUCACGAUGGAUUUGUGCGCGGCAUUGCCUAUUCCCGCAAUGGCCAGCGUUUCUUCACAGUGGGUGAUGACAAGACCAUCAAGGUGUGGAACGCUCAAGCUCCCGAAUUGGGUGAGGAGGAGGAGCCUGUGAAUACGAUACUGAGUCGGCACAUACUGCAAGGCAUUUCACACAAUCGAAAGGACAACAGUUUCGCCACGUGUGGCGAGGUGUGCGCCAUUUGGGACGAGCAGCACAACGAUCCUAUCAAGACCUUGAAAUGGGGCGUUGAUACACUGCAUACCAUUUCCUUUAAUCCUGUGGAGACUAAUAUACUAGCCUGUUGUGCCAGUGAUCGCAGCAUUAUAUUGUAUGACCAGCGAGAAGCGCAGCCACUGCGCAAAGUGGUUUUGACGAUGAAGAGCAAUAAAUUGGCCUGGAAUCCCAUGGAAGCAUUCAACUUUACGGUGGCCAAUGAGGACUGCAAUCUCUACACAUUUGACACACGCAAACUGCAGACACCGCUCAAGGUGCAUUUCGAUCACGUUUCCGCCGUCACUGAUGUGGAUUAUGCUCCCACGGGCAAGGAAUUCGUCUCGUCCAGCUACGACAAGACGGUGCGCAUCUAUCACGCUCACCAGAGUCACUCUCGUGACAUCUAUCAUACCAAGCGUAUGCAGCAUGUCGUCUGCGUUGCUUGGUCUUUGGACAAUCGUUACAUUUUUUCUGGAUCCGAUGAGAUGAACAUACGUAUGUGGAAGGCGAAUGCAUCUGAAAAAUUGGGCGUUGUGCGACCACGUGAAAGGGCCAACUUCAACUAUCAGGAGGCGCUCAAGGAGAAAUAUGCAGCGCAUCCGCAAAUCAAGCGGAUUGCGCGUCAUCGACAGGUGCCGCGUCAUGUGCUGAAUGCGCAGCGCAAGAUGCGUUCGGUCAAGGACAAGGAACUGCUCAAGGAGGCCAAUGUGCGCAAGCACUCCAAGAAGGGCACAGUACCUUUCGUUAGCGAGAAGAAGAAACAUGUCAUACGACAGGACGUUUAAAUAAUUUUUACAAAAAAAAAAUCGUUUUAAGUGCUUUCUUUUAUAAUAGUGUAACAAUCAAUGAUAAUCAAUGAAA